CAAGAAGCAGGCUUGUGACUGUGAAUGUGAGACCUAGAAUUCUUGUACUGCUAAAACCCCUGGGAUGUUAUAAUUAGUUGAAACCGCCAGCAGACGAUAUGCAUAUGUGUGGCUUUGUUUCCUGUAAGUAGUCGAUUGCUUAGUAGGAGAGUGUGACCAUAAUUUCUAUAGCGAAAGAACUCUUUACUACGCCGGGAGAAGCAGAAGCAGUAGCAGGUUUAUAAUGAUAUUGACGACAAUGAAAUCGCUUUCGUUACGCCCCAUGAAUGUAUCCGCUUUCUCCGUUUUUUUUCGCCUUAGCGUCAGUGAUGUUCUAAGAAUCUGAAGGACAUUGAAAGGAAUUUUGGUUUUCAAUUAAUACGACUAAAAAGCGACAACUAUAGACCAUGGUUCUUCUGGAGCCCCGGCUUCUGGCCGCGGAGCCGAAAAGCAGUCGGCUCUCGACGGUCGAGCAGGCAACCAUUGACGGGAAGAUCGAGCAAGUGCUCGGCAUGCAGGUGCUGAAGGAACCAGAGCUGAUAGAAAUUGUGUCCCGAACGGAGCAACUGCUCCGCGAGGAGUCCUAUCCUCUGCGAUAAAAGUUGUACUUUGUACUUUGAAAUUGCAUGUUAGUUUGAUUGCAUGACGCAUUUAUUUUCUCUCUAUACGUAAAGGUAAAUCCGCACGGCGAAAAAAUCCAUACGUUAGUCGUUGUACUUCUGAUAAAUAAAUUGUUUUCCAUGUGUCGACUUACACAUAGUCCAAAGUACUUGCUUUUGUAUUGCAUAAGUCCAAUGUGGCCGCCGUAAAAUGCCCGAUUUCGGUGAUCGGCGACAUCCACGGCCAGUUUACGGAUUUGAAGGAACUGCUCAAGAUCCAGGGUGCACCCCCGGAACAAAACCUCUUUAUCCUGCGAAAAAAUUGUAAACAGUUACGCGACCUUGUGUUGCGUGGCAAGCAAGACAAAUAUAGCUAUCGCUAUGUCAUGCAGCAAAUGCUAUACUAAUACUGCCCUCGCUUCAUGCGUGUUUUCCCUCAUGAUCUCCGCGUUCCCAGUGUUAUUUUCUGCCAUGCAGGGACAUCAGUGUUGAUGCUGCCACAAACAAUUUGUAACUGUAAAAUUCUUUUUCUUUGGAUACUCUUAUUCCUGGGCGACUACGUAGAUCGAGGUUACCACUCCGUGCUCACGGCGACGUUGGUGUUUCUCUACAAGAUGAGGUAUAUUUUUGACCGACAAGCUACCACACUUCUUCGCAUUUUUUUAUGCUAGAGGCUUCAUUUCUUUGCAAAAUCAUCAUGCUGGUUGAUGAGCUUCGGAUUACUAGGAAGGACGUUUCUUGUCAUGCGUAUAUUGAUGCAAUCAGAAAGAAAAAGAUAGAAAAUGAAAACCUCUUGCCCCUUCAGAUUCCCGGACAUGGUUUUCCUGCUACGCGGCAACCACGAGAGCCGACAAGUGACGCAGGUGUAUGGGUUUUUCGACGAGUGCAUGCGCACCUACGGGUCUCCCACGGUGUGGAACGCGUUCAUGAACGCGUUUGAUUCCCUCCCCCUCACCGCGCUCAUCGAGGACCAGAUCUUCUGUCCGCACGCCGGCCUCUCCCCGAGCAUCGAAACGCUGGACGACCUGCGAAACCUGAACCGGUUUAUCGAGGUCCCGCACGAGGGCCCGAUCUGCGACAUCCUCUGGUCGGACCCGGACGAAAUCACCGGGUGGGGCAUCAGUCCGCGGGGCGCGGGAUUCAUUUUCGGGCAGGACGUCUCGGAAAACUGGAACCACCAGAACAACCUGCGACUUAUCGCCCGCGCGCACCAACUGGUCAUGGACGGCUACAGCUGGGCCCACGAGCGGAACGUGCUCACGAUCUUUUCCGCGCCGAACUACUGCGGCCGGUGCGGCUAUGGAUGUGUCAGAGUUGAAAUCGACAAAGUUGAAAUGAUUUGCCAUGCAUAAAAUGCGACGCAAAGACUGACUCUAUUGCUGAAGGCGCAAGGGAGGCAGAUUCUAGCGCUGGUAAGGGUCAAGAGAAAGAGUUGGGCUGCUGACUAGCAUGACAGGGAGCAGCCAUUUUUCCCUAAACAGCAUGACAGACUUGCUUCAGAGGCCAGGAAAAUUUCUCAUGCGCCGAUUGGAAACUGUGGGUCCAACUGGUAUAGAUUUUAUGCAUCACAAAAUAUAAUUUCAACUUUGUUAAUUUCAAUCCUGACAGUUCCAUAGCGGCAACCGCGGCGCGGUGAUGGAAAUAGACGAGCACCUCAAGUACACGGUGUUGCAGUUUGACGCCGCGCCCGAGAACGAGCCGCUCGAAGGGAAGAGCGAUUUGCCGCUGUCGCCAACGAGUUCCUCCGCCUUGGGCGCGACCCAGCACGCUCCAAAUCCAAAACUCCGCCUCAUGCCCGACUACUUUAUUUGA